UUCUUCGGGAGACAGUCAGAAGUGAGAGUGCAGUGAGUACGAGUCAAAGUCAACGUUUAAACACGUUUCCCCUGAAACCUUCCGAAGGAAUAUCUCGGACGUUGGUUCGCCACAGACUUUCAGCGUCCCCGGCCCGGCUGACAGCUGUGUGCAGUGAAGCACACACACACACACACACACACACAUCGUAGAUAAUGGUGGACUCCACGCUGGUUCAAGUGGGCAAGAAUCUGAGCGAAGCCAUGAAGAUCCUGGAGGAUGGACAAGGAGAGCUGGAGACAGGAACAGAGAGGCGACGUUUCAGCAGAACCAGCAUCCCUGGACCCCUGCAGGGAGAUGGCCAGGAUGUAACGACUAUACUGCAUUUAGUUCAUAACCUCAUUCAUGAAGAGGAAGAGAAAGAGGACAAGUCCAGGCAACACAGGAUGCAGAAUGUGGGUGAACAGGGCCACAUGGCGCUGCUGGGUCACAGCCUGGCAGCCUACAUCUCAGUGUCGGACAAAGAGCGACUGCGGAAGCUGACCACCCGGAUCCUGUCUGACACCACACUGUGGCUCUGCAGACUGUUCAGGUAUGAGAACGGUUCAGCCUACUUCCAUGAGGAUAACAGGGAUGGCCUAGUCAAAGUGUGUCGGCUGGUCAUCAACGCCCGCUACGAGGAAUAUGCCUCAGAGGGAUAUUCCGUUCUAAUCUCCAAACAGCCGGUCAUCUACCAGAGCGCGUCCUGCAGGCCUGGUCUGGGACAGCACCUGUGCAGCCAGCUGGGCCUGCCUCUCUCUAGUUUGUGUACAGUCCCAUGCAACACCAUCUUUGGAUCCCAACACCAAAUGGACGUCGCCUUGUUGGACAAACUCAUCAGAGAGGACAUAGAAGCUGGGAAGCUUCCUCUGCUGUUGAUUGCCAAUGCAGGCACCCCCGCAGCAGGCCAUACAGACAAGUUGGGUCGUCUGAGGGACCUGUGUGAUCAGUACAACAUGUGGCUUCAUGUGGAGGGGGUCAACCUGGCAACCCUGGCAUUGGCUCAGGUCACCUCUGCUAUCAUGGCAGCCACCAGGAGUGAUAGUAUGACACUGACACCAGGUCAGUGGCUGGGACUGCCUGCUGUAUCCGCUGUCACCCUCUACAGACAUGAAGACCCAGCACUAUCUCUGGCAGCAGGUUUGACUUCCAGCCAGCCCGUGGAGAAGCUGCGAGCGUUGCCUCUCUGGCUGUCCCUGCAGUACCUCGGUCACAACGGAAUCGUCCAGAAGAUCAAACACGCCACCGCUCUGAGCCAGCAGCUCCUGCAGAAACUAAAGUCUCUGGCCUCCAUCAAAACAUCGGAUGUGCUUGAGACAGAGAUCUCUCUCGUCGAGGCCUUGACCAUGGUGGAGGAUGAACUCAGCUCUCCUGUGGUGCUGUUCAAGUUUUCCCAGGAAAUGAGUGCUGGAUCCAGUGGGGGUUCAGUGGAGGGUUACUGUACUGGGGAGAAAGAGGUCAUUGAUGCCUUCAACAGAUGGCUGGGUGAACAGCUAGCCCAGUUGGUUCCCACCAGUGGAGUAGAUGUGGUGGAACUUGAAGACGAGGGUACCUGUGUUCGCUUCAGCCCCCUCCAGACUGCUGCAGUCCUAGGGACCCAGCAGGAGGAUGUUGAGGAACUGGCGGAGAAGCUGACGGAGCUCGUGCCUGUGAUGAGCUCCACGAUGUGCCUCAGACAGGACUUCAAAGAGGAGACCCACCAACACUCUGCCUCACUCAUAUACAUAGAGGAGCUCAGCUGGCCUGGCCUGGGCGCUGUCCGGUAUGAGCCUCAGGAUGAAGGGCUGGAUGAGAGCAGGAGGAAGCAGGAGCUGGGAAAAAUUAACACUGAGCUGCUGAAGAAACUGCAGGACCUCGACACUGACAUCGUCUUCUCCACUGGUCCUGAGUUUGGGACAGAGGAGGACUGUAUCUUUGUGGGCAUGGUGACUGAGGAUGUCGAUGUUCCAGAGCUAGUGGAUACCAUAGCUGCUCUGGGGAGGGACAUAGAGGAAAGCGGAAGGCUAUUGGAGAACAUGACGGAGGUGGUGAGGAAAGGCAUCCAGGAGGCAGAGCUGCAGCUGCAAAAGGCCAAUGAGGAGAAACUCAUGGAGGAGGGGAUGUUGAGACAGCUUCCUCUGGUUGGCUCCGUUUUAAACUGGUUCUCUCCAGUUCAAAGCUCCAUAAAGGGAAGGACCUUUAACCUCGCUGCAGGUUCCCUGGACUCCUCAGAGGUGACAUACACCACUAAGGCCCAGGCAGGCAGGCCAUCCAUGCAAGACACCUCCACCUCCUCAUUAAAGAGAUUUCCAGGUCAGAGGUUGUUCCGGCGCUCAGGGGCAAGCUCCGACUCCUUUAGUGAGACCAGCUCCGUCGGACAGGCGGAUGAGAUAGCCAGAGAAGAGAGCACCACUGUGAGCAGCCCCGUCCACCCGCCCUCCUCUCCACCUGCACCAGAGGAGGACUUGCACACUGCAGGCGACGUCUCACCGGAGAGAAUCCAGGAGUCCUCUGAGCAGGUGCACACACAGGUGGAGACUGUGGAGGCCUCAGAGGAGAGGCAACCUGACGGCCCAGAGGUGGAGCAGAGCGGGAGAUAGGACAACUCCCCCGCUUAGGUGUCCUCCAGCCGUCCUCUGAAUGGUACCAGCCUAACAGAUGUUUUAAAAGAAAAGGCGUCAUUACAUUACGAAUCCAAAUUCCAGUUUUGAGUAGAAAACCGAAGGAGCUUGAUUUGGCUGUUUGUCUGCAUUUCAUAUUUCAGGAUAGCAAGGAUGUCAAAGUUGAUGGAAGAAUCCACCACUGGGUUACACUUACACUGUACCCAGAGCAGGUUGGGUGGAUUCUUCCUUUAAAUUUAGGAUUUAAACAGAGUUCAGAGUGAGAUUCAGCCCGGCACUGUGUUGAUUGUUACUCUGAUUUCUCUGUCAGGUGAUGACGUCGGGCGGAGCAGCCAUGUUGCACACAGAAUGUUUUUAGAUUUAAGGAGAAAUAUGAUUGUUUAACACUCCAUUCACACGCAACUGGACAUGAAGCAGCUCAACAUUAAAGCAACGAGCGUCGCUGCUAUUAAACUGUUUAGAUUCCCCCAUGUAAAUAGUCUACACAGGAUAUAUAUUUAACUCGUCCAAUUACUCACUAUAAUAAUUUAUAAUAAAAUAAAUCUGUAUAGGAGGAGUAGAAUAUCAUCUUCUAUUUCAUUAAUAAUGGCUACUAAUAACAACACUCCCUUCGUGUGUGCACUGCCCCGCAAUGCUAUGACUGGGUAUUAGAGUCACUGCUAUGGCAAAAAAAGAAAUCUCAAAUAAAAAAAAUUAAGGUGGAUGAAAUGCAAUGAUCACAAAAAGUGUCACAAAAUUACAAGAAUAAAGCCACAGUGUUUCAACAGAAAAGUCAUGAUAUUACAAAAUAAAGGUACAAUUCUUCAAGAAAAAGUCACAGUAUUACAAGAGAAAGCGGUAACUUUACAAGAAAAAGUUGUGAUGAUUUGAGAUAAAAUAGUCAUUUUAUGAGGAAAAACAUGAAAUUGAAAGAGUCGUUAAAAAAAACAGACUGUUAAUACAACAGUUUUACAAGAUAAAAUUGUAAUUUUACAGUAAUUGGUCAUAUAAAAGUUAAGCUGUUAUUUUACCAUAAAAAAAAGUGAUUAUAAGAUAAAGUUGUAAUUGUGAUCAUUUGAGAUCGAGCUGUGACUUUAUGAGGAUAGUAAAGACAUUACAAGAGCAAGUUGUAUUUUAAGUCAUAUUUUGAGAAAUAGAAUUAGACUUUUCAUGAUCAGUCUUUCUUGUUGAAUUCUGAAAUACGACCCUUUCUCCUGAAAUUACGGCUCCUGAUGUCAUGACUUCAAAAUAUUAAGUCCGUUCUCAAAAUCUCAGAGCUCUUUUACGACAGUGGCCCUAAUACUCUGUCGCACACAGUAUUCGCUCCACGUACAGCUGGCGACAGAGUCAUAUUAUGUUUUUUUUAAUUUGUAUGUAAAUGUAUUUUUGAUCUCUGUCAGUGAUGCGACCUGAGCAGAGGAGCGUUGCUUGGCGUUUAUUUACUGUAUGUGGAAUAUUUCAUUUCUUUGCCAAAAACAUCCUGCCAGAACUGGGUCAAACUACUGCCUGUCCUGCAUUAGCCUUUAAAUAUUUUGCAAGUGCCAUAUUAGAGGGCCAAACAGUUGUUUUUUUUUGGGUUUUUUUUGUUUGUUUGUUUGUCCUUUUUUGCACUUUUUUGAACGACUCAUUUGAUUCUGUGAGGUUUGGAAAUUCACGACCUGCCACUAACAUCCCAUCUGUCGCUCUCGUCCAUUUGAAAUCCUUUGGUCUAUAUAAUCACCGGCAGCACAGGUCUGUCACACCAGGACAAUUUCACAGCCAUUUUUUUUAAAGGGAGAUGUUAAAGACCCCUAAAUACACUGUGUGGUUUUGUCCUGUCACCAUAUGAAAGUCAGUGGGUCACAAGAGAAACGUAGUGUUCAAAGUAAAUGGUUGUCCUAGAUUUAACUGUGAGACACGUCAAAGACGACACCAAAGACAGCCUGCUUCCUUCUGACAGUAUCAGAAAUACAGGAGCAAACUCUCGCCAUGACCCAUGUCUACAAACCAACCAAUCAGAAUACAGGAUGAAAUGACACAGAACACAUAUUACACCGUACAGUCUGACACACGGGACCAAGGUUGUUGCAGACCAUCUCACAGAGUCAGACAUGUAUCAGACCGGUAAGAUCACUGUUACUGCUGUUACUGUCUCUGUUAAUGUCUCUGCAUGCACAUGCUCUAGAGACGCUGGGGCAGGCAGCUGCCUAGUGAGGCGCCCGGGGAGCUGGGGUGGAUCGCUGCCUUCCUUAGGGGCACUACAGCCCAUGGUCGCAGAGGCAGGGGAGGCCACCGCCGUAUCCAUUUUUUUUUUGCGCUUGGUCGAGGGAUCGAACCCACGACCCUCUGAACUCAGGCCAGUCCAAAGUCCAAAGCCGCACUCUUAACGGCUGCCCCCAAGGUUCUGGCAAAGAAAACAUGGGGAAAACAGGGAGUAGAAGUGUGCGCACUUAUUUUUGAAACUCUGAUUGGAAACUUUUGUUAACAACAUGAUCAAUAGCUUCUCAUCGGCCUGGGAUUAUAGUUGUUGUAUAUGCCAUGUGGAAUUGAAAGGGCCUGAAUGUAAAAUCAUACAGGGGAAAAAAAUUCUUCGGAUGAAAGCAGAAACACAAAUUUUGGUGCUUGUGGAACAUUUAUAACAAUAUAACAAUAGAAGUAAUAAAAUGUGGAUUAAAUACAGCGGUUUAAUAAGGAAUGAACACAGUGGGAAUGAAGAUUACAAAAGAGUGGAUUUCAGCUUUAUUGCACUUGUUCUGUAGAUAAUUACUUUACUACUGUUCUUUAUUUAAAUUCUUAUAUGGUGUAAAUGAAGCAGAAUCUUCUUAACGAUUAUUUUUGUUAUGUGAUUAUAAUGCAAAGCUGAAUCAAUAACUUUCUAACCUUACAGGAACAUGUUUGAUGAAGAACUUUUGGUUUUGAUGUGAAAUGUCCUGGACCGUCCUGCCUCUGCCUCUGUCUCUGUCUGAAUGAUGGAUUGUAUUGAAUUAGCAGAAUCCUUCCUCUUGAAUGUUUUCUACAGUUAGUUUAUGGUACAGAUGGACGUUGACAUGUGUGGUGUAAAUUCUGUCUCUCAACAGAUUAAAUUCUAAGUUUUCUAGUCUUAA